AUGAAGGAGUUUGACGAUCAAUACAGCCAACUGAAAAGACGCGUUGAUCAACUACAGGAAUUCUCCCGUCGCAAGAUCCGCAUCGAGGGCGUAGAGGAGACAGCGGAGAUGACGCAGGAGAAAGUUCAGCGCCUUCUACGUGACACCCUAGAGAUAGGAGAGGUGCAGCUGGAACGGACACAUCGGACCGGGAGUCCUAUUCGUCGGGGAGGGCAGUCUCGACCACGAACCACCAUUGUACGAGUCUCUCAUUUUGCCGACCAGGAACAACCUCUACAUUUGAAUGAGGCAACUGAGGACCGCGCAAAUGAUAAAGCCGAAGAAAGCACAACUAGCAGAAAAACUGCCAUUUUUCUGAGGCACGCGACUUCUGAUGCGGGAUCGAAGCGAGGGCUCAGCAGCAGUCUACGCACAAGAGCAACAGCAAGGUUGAGGACGAGAAUUCUCCCCCUGCCUUGGGCGGAUGCGUGGGCGGCUGCCUGGGCGGUUGCGUGGGCGGGUGCAGCGGAGGCGACAGCAGUGACCUCGACCUUGGCGACGACCUCUCGGAUGACACGCGAGACUCGACCUCCGACGACGACCACGGCGACGACGCUUCCGGCGGCGCGAACCUCUCCGGCGGGAACCAGAGCCGCCGCUUCCUCACUUGGCGCCGGUCGCAAGGUGCGCAAAGGCCUCUCCACGCGGGCGGGUACGAUCGGCGGGCGCAACGGCGGGCAGCGAUAA